UGACGAUGUUGCAUUUUCCUAUCCUCAUAAAUUAUCAUCUGAUCGUUUUCGUCCCAUGAGGAAUGCCCAAAUCGUUUUAAAAACAAUCGCCAUCCAGAUAAGCGCAAGCCGUUAUCUAAUUUCCCGUCAUUUUAUUAGAUAGCAGCUCGCUAAGGUCUUCCGAUUUGCAAAAGAAAUAUGGCAUCCGUGUAAGAUGAAUUGUUUUUGAUUAAAGAGCACACGACUGCUGGCAACAACAUUAAAAAUUGGAAAAUCAUCAGAGAAACAGUGAAAAUCGAGAUGGCUGGAAGACGUCAAAUUGAAGAUGUAUUUGAGAACAAGUUCAGUACAAGACAUUCCCUUAUUUACCUGGGAGCUAUCUUCUGCACAUCGCUGUGCAUUCUUUUUGCAAUUUACAGUAGUUUUCCUAAAUUAACAGAAGAUGAGAAGACACACAUCAAAAUUCCUUGGAACUUGGAUGAUGCAAAGAUGUUGGGGACAGUUUUGAAUAAGUACAAAGAAGACCAUUUUUAUCAAGUAUUUUCCGGCGUUUGCAUCACCUACAUAUUCCUACAGACGUUUGCAAUUCCAGGUUCGUUAUUUCUAUCAGUAUUAUCGGGAUUCUUGUUCCCGUUCUUCAUAGCUUUGGUGCUGGUUUGCACGUGUUCGGCGUUGGGAGCUAGCCUUUGUUUCAUGAUAUCCCAAUUCGUUGGCAGAAAGCUGAUCCAAAAAUACUUUCCAGAGAAGGCUAACGCCUGGGCAGUGACAGUGAAUAAACACAAAGACAAUCUGCUGAACUAUGUGAUAUUCCUGCGAGUCACGCCAUUCUUGCCAAAUUGGUUCAUCAAUUUAACAGCGCCUGUGAUAGGUGUACCACUCGUGCCAUUCGCAUUGGGCACCUUCAUCGGAGUGGCUCCGCCGUCGUUUAUAGCCCUCCAAGCCGGACAAACUCUGCACAACAUGUCCGCUUCAGAUAGCGCCAUGAGUUGGACCUCUAUCAGCUUAUUGAUGCUUUUCGGCGUUCUUUCUCUGAUUCCAAUCUUGUUCAAAGACAAACUGAAAAAGAAAUUCGAUUAGCGCGUAAGCGAAAUUGUUGU